GAACCUCAACACUCCAUCAUGACAUCUCGUGUACAAUAAACUGUAUAAUACCCUCUCCUGCUUCACUUCUUAUUUUUUCUUAAACGAUACCUUCAAAGGCUAUGGAUAGCCGCUUAACCUCCUGAUCUGCCUUGCCAUUGAUCACCAAAAAUUUCAAUGCGCCCUUCACGGCUCUGCACCUCUCCCCUGCAGCGCCAAUGGGAACGUUAUAGAGUGUCCACAGUUGCGCGGAGAUUUGUCUCCUACUCUCCAUACAAAAGAUACAACCCACCAGGUGCUGAGAAUGUGGAAGCAGCGAGAGAACAGUGCAUGGCGCUGAUCAGAAAGUAUGACUUUCCCUCCCAAAACCUGGGCAUAUACGUCCCUCCCACCGCCCGAGACGCCUACAUUGCCAUCCGCGCCUUCAAUGUCGAGAUUGCCCGCAUCGCGGACACCACAAGCACCCCCAGCAUCGGCAUGAUGCGCAUGCAAUUCUGGAAAGACGCAGUUACGAAUGCGCUACAUGGAAAACCGCCCAUGGAACCCACAGCCGUAAUGAUUGCGCAAGCGCAAGGCGCGGUUCAGCACUAUUCCGAAGGCAAAGUCAAGCUCAGCAGACACUGGUUCCACCGCGUGAUCAACGCGCGAGCGCAACAGCUGGGGAACCCACCCUACCCGACACUCUCCGCGCUGGAAACCUACGCAGAGAACACCUACUCGACGUUACUGUAUCUGACGCUACAGUCCCUCCCACAAGCAUCCGUUACAACCGACCACCUCGCCUCCCAUAUCGGCAAAGCCCAAGGCAUCGUCGCCGUGCUCAGGGGCCUCCCACUCCUCGCCUUUCCAGACCCACAGCCUCUCUCGAAAAGUGGUGCCGUAACAGGCCAAUCAGGUCCAUCCCAAGGAGCCGUCAUGCUCCCCUUAGACGUCAUGGCCGAAGCCAACGUCAAGGAGGAAGACGUUUUCCGCCAGGGAGGCAGCGCCCCGGGUCUCCGCGACGCGGUCUUCAAAGUAGCGACUCGCGCAAACGAUCACCUCAUUACUGCACGGGAGAUGCUGGCGAAGCUCCGGUCCGAAGGCACCGUAGGUCAUGAGUUUGAGCAUCAGAACGAGGAAGGGAGAAGAUAUAGUCAGCAGGAAUUAAGUUCGGGGCCGGAGGCGCAGCUCGCUGAAGUGGAGCGCGCGUUUGGCAUCCUGAUGCCUCCGGCUGUGACGGCGCAGACGUGGUUGGAUACGCUGCAGAAGGUCGAUUUCGACAUUUUUGAUCAGAGGUUGAGGGGCACGGAUUGGAGGCUGCCUUGGAGGGCGUAUUGGGCAUAUAAGAGAAGGAAGCUAUAGAGAGUAUAAAGAAAAACUGUAAUAUACCCAAAUCAUCUCUCUGAGAGUUCCAAUGGACCGGCAAAUUCUGAAGAGGAUGGGCGUUUUGGAUUGAUUUGGG